AUGAAUUCUAAAUAUCUUGCUAUUUCAUUGAUGCUCUUUGGUUUAUUAUUCACAUUGGUACAAUGUGAACAAUUGACAUUAAACGAUCGGUAUGCUGAUGACAGUGAUACUGUUGAAAAUGGUGAUGAUAGUUCCGACGAUGUAGAUGAUGCUUCUUUACGUGAAGAGAAACGAGCUAUUCGAGAAUUUCUUCAAAACGAAGAUGAUGCUAGCCAAUUUCUAGAUCAGUCUCGUCGAUUUUUGACCAGUGACACAAAAAGUCAUAUGAAAGAAGCCAAGAAAAAAUAUGAAGAAAAGUGUGAACGUCUCCUUCAUCCACGUUAUUGUCCAGAUCUUGCAACAUGGCCUGCUUGGAAUCAAGCAUGGAACGCAGCAACUGGCAAAAAAUAG